AAACCACUCUCUUUCUAUUCCAUUCUUUUCCUCCUUAACUCUCCUACUCUCUCUCUCUCUCUCUCUCUCUCUCUCUCUCUCUCUCUCUCUUCUGCUCUACUCUUUCUCUCUUCUCUCUCUCUCUCAUACACACAAACGAUAUGGCUGUUGAUUGCAAUGGUGGAGAAAGCUUCAAGAUGCCAGAGAUUAAAUUCACCAAGCUCUUCAUCAAUGGCCAAUUCGUCGACUCCGUCUCGGGAAAAACAUUUGAGACGAGAGAUCCACGCACAGGAGAUGUGAUAGCGAACGUUGCGGAAGGCGAUAAGGAGGACAUAGAUUUGGCCGUCAGGGCUGCAAGAAACGCCUUUGAUCAUGGAAAGUGGCCUCGCAUGUCCGGCUUUGAGAGGGGAAGGAUUAUGAUGAAAUUAGCUGAUUUGCUUGAACAACACAUAGAAGAAGUUGCCGAACUCGAUAGUCUAGAUGGAGGAAAAUUGCUUACACUGGGCAAGGCCAUGGAUAUCCCAGGUGCAGUGAAUUUACUCCGGUAUUAUGCAGGUGCAGCUGAUAAAAUCCACGGAGAGACACUCAAGCUGUCAAGAGAGUACCAGGGGUACACGUUAAAGGAGCCUAUCGGAGUCGUAGGGCACAUUAUACCCUGGAAUUAUCCGACCACCAUGUUCUUCUUCAAGGUCAGCCCUGCGCUGGCAACUGGAUGUACCAUGGUUGUGAAGCCUGCUGAGCAAACUCCGCUGUCUGCGCUUUUUUGCGCCCAAUUGGCAAAGAAGGCUGGUGUUCCUGAUGGAGUACUUAAUGUGGUUACUGGUUUCGGUGCUACAGCUGGUGCUGCCCUUUCUUCACAUAUGGACGUCGACAAGAUUAGCUUUACUGGAUCAACUGAAGUAGGCCGAUUAGUGAUGGAGGCCGCAGCUAAGAGCAAUUUGAAACAUGUAUCACUUGAACUCGGAGGCAAGUCCCCUGUCAUCAUAUUUGAUGAUGCAGAUGUGGACAUGGCUGUUGAUCUUGCAAGGAUCGCAACAUUCUUCAACAAGGGAGAAAUUUGCGUGUCAGGAACUAGGAUUUAUGUUCAAGAAGGAAUUUAUGAUGAGUUUGUGAAGAAAAUAGCAGAGAAAGCCAAGAGCUGGGUUGUUGGAGACCCUUUCGAUCCUAAAGUUCAACAAGGGCCUCAGGUUGAUAAAGUGCAGUUCGAGAAAGUAUUGAACUACAUAGAUCUUGGAAAGAGAGAAGGGGCAACAUUGCUAACAGGAGGAAAGCGUUGUGGAGAAAAAGGAUACUACAUUGAGCCUACAAUCUUUACCGAUGUCAAGGAGGAGAUGAGGAUAGCGCAGGAUGAAAUAUUUGGCCCUGUUAUGUCUCUCAUGAAGUUCAAGACAAUUGAGGAGGCAAUCGAGAAAGCCAACAACACAAGGUACGGAUUAGCUGCAGGCGUACUGACAAAAGACAUAAACACGGCCAACAGAGUAUCGAGAUCAAUUCGAGCAGGAACGAUAUGGAUCAACUGUUACUUUGCUUUCGAUAACGAUGUUCCUUUUGGUGGGUACAAGAUGAGUGGCUUUGGAAAGGAUAUGGGAAUGCAUGCCCUUGAUAAGUAUCUGCAAGUGAAGUCUGUGGUUACUCCUAUCUAUGGCUCCCCUUGGCUGUAGAUAAACGUUUGAGAGAUUGAGGAGGAUAAUGUUACAGAACAUUUUAGUGUUUGUUUGGUUUUUAUUUGAUGUUGUGAAAACAACUUUUAUAUACACAAGUCUGCUGAUUGGGGUGUAGAUUUCUUCA